AUGGAUCCGUAUCAGACCAUUCCGCAGCAACGGACUGCAUUAGCUGUGCUGCAUGCAGUGGGCAGCGCACUCCUAUUACUUGAUUGCGUCCUUAUUAUUUUCUCCAAGUCCUUGAAGAGCACAGAGGUCAAGGUCAUAUUUUCUCUACGAAUUUUCUUUUGCAUUGUUACUGCCACGCUGGGUGUGGCAGGUAUCGCCCAAGACUUUGAAGUGGCAGAAAAACUUCGAAGCGCAAGCGUUCUGGCCUUUCAAUUAUUCCAGUCGAGUCGCGACAUUGUACACGAACCAGAGGUCAAUGAAUGGCGUCGGUCGAUUCCGGAAGUGCACGAACCGGACGUCAGUGAACGGCGACGGCCGAUUCGCGACCUAGUGAACCGGCUUAAAGGUUUUGGAUGGCGAUGGUGGGCGGUAAUCCUUUUGGCGAUGGCUGCGGUCGUCGCAUGGACAUUCUCGUUAUUGCGGAAUCAGCCACUUCGGCUUACGUCUCACGUUUCCAGUUUUGCCGUCCUUGCACUGUUUUCAUGGUUCAGAGCAUGUAUACUACAGAUGGCGCAUCACGUCUACUGGCCGUUUCUAGCUAGCCCAAUUGCUGGUAUAGUGGUAUCCGCGUUAUGGGUAGGGAUAUCCGUAUCUCGAGGACGUAUGAAUAGACUUGGCAUAGUUGAACAGAUUGAUUUCUGGUUCCAGAUCGCCAGUUCUACUCAGUUCACCGUUUUGACUGUACUUUCGACUAUAGUGGUGGCAACCAAUAUGCUACGUUUCAUUCAAAAAGACAGCAACAGCUCUACCGAGAGCUUAGUCGGAGAGCGGCAAAAUUACAACCAACCGAAGAGCAGGAAAUUGCCAAUGCCAGAGUCACACGCUGGUACUGUCCUUAUGACACCGCAGCCUGCGACUAUCAGGCCCCGGCCUUAG